AUGGACGCAAUCAAGUGCAAUGAUGAGAAAUCAUGGAAAGCUACUUUGAUUACUUGUCGCGUUGUCAGCAGGAACGAUGGAUCGCAUCACGUGGAUACGGCCAAAGAGGAUGGAUUUGACAAGUGUUUUACAGCCAUGGAUCAUAUUGGAAUACUCGAGCCAAUGCAUGCAGCAGCUAUUUCGCAAUCAUGGAUGAAGGAUGUUUAUGACGACAGCGAGCAAGAAUACAAUGGCAUUAUGAUCCCUGUUGACGGAUACACUUAUGUCACCUUCAAACGAUCACCUUUCAGGUGGCAGGUGGAUGAUUUAUCACUUCGACUCAGUACUCCAAGAUGCUUGACCAUUUUAUCAGUUCGAUCUAUCAUGACAACGAUUCUCACGCCCACUCUCAUAAAACAACGUUGUUAUCACCAACACUAUCAUGCGCCUUUUCUUUCUACUUGUAUGCACAUCAUCAAUCAUUCAUGGCCUUAUUUAUUGGAUGCCAAUAGCAAACAUUCGACUUCUCGUAUGAUGGAUGGCCUUGGUCAAGCAACUACAGCACAUGGUCCAAUGGAAGCCGUAUUGUUGGAAGCAUCGGGGAGUGGCAAUCGGGAACAGAAUGCAGCACAUAGCCUCAAUGAUACCAUCAGAUUACUUGAAUGUGCCACGAAUUCCUUGCUCAUCGAAAUGCAUCACUCCAAAGCCGCAAGCUACGACACAUACACAAAGCUGAAAGUUUUUACAGUGCAGUGCAUUAAGGAUCAGCUGGCAAUGAACGAAGUGUCCCUGUUGAAUCCCAGCAAAUGGAAAUCUAUCGAGAAACGAACAUGUCAAGUCCCAAAUUCUUGGAGUCAACGUGCACUGUGGACCAAAUUGUUUGAACUUGUAGCAACUUUAAUGAUAUCCCUCAACGAAGCCAAGCGCGUACUGGAAAGCUUAAGCAUGGAAUCGGCAGGAUUAGUGGAAUUUGAAGGGAAAUCGGUCAAGGAGGGCUUUCUAUCAUAA